CUCCACAAGUGUCUUUUAGAGAAGGCACUCUUUUAAGUUAUAGUGUUAAUUCUAGGGUUUCUAUUACCAAUGGCUGAUUCUUCUUCUGCUUCUUACAUUCACAUGGUGCACCACAUGAUAGAGAAAUGUUUGAUCUUCAACAUGAGCAAAGAAGAGUGCGUGGAAGCUCUCUUUAAGCAUGCAAAUAUCACUCCUGUCAUCACCUCUACUGUUUGGAAAGAGCUGGAGAAAGAGAACAAGGAGUUCUUCAAGGCCUAUGAAGAGAGGCAAAGCAAACAAGAGCAAAUGUCGGAGGAAGAGACAACCCAGUUGAUCCAGAAGAUAAUAUCGGAUUCAUCUAAAGAAUCCGACGACUGAUCGCGAUGUUCGUUAGAUCUCAAGAACCUUAUAUAGUUUAUAUCUAUGAAUCUCAUGAAAACGAUUUCAUGCAUGUUAUAUGUAUACCAUUUUCUUCUAUAUUCGCAUCGGUCCAUGCAAUAAGAAAGGGAAAAAAGGAGUGAUGACGCUCCUUUUGGUACGUUAUACGUACGUGGUCCCCAUUGCUUUUGUAUAAAUAACGAUGACAGAAAACGGACGCUCAUACAUCGACCAGUCGUGUGGCGCUUUAGUUAUAUGAAUGUAUCAUGUAUAUAUAUCCACAUAAAAUGUUUGUUUAUGGUC